ACCCAUCCUUGACUAACUCUAAGUUUUCUGUGUUGCAAACGUACAUUCUGCAUAAGGCUCUUUAUUCCAUUUCUUCCUUUUCUCCUAAUGGCUGAGGUGGAGAUGGGGGUGUAUGCUACUCAACUACAGGUCUUACUUUUCACGUCUGUAAAAGGCCUUGAAGUAAUUCCCAAACUGGCUGCGCCUCAGAAGCCCAUGGGGAAGCAUAAACACAAGGACAAAGCCUCAACCCAUUUCGAGAUUCUGUUUGUGUAGUACUAGGAUAGGGCGCCCCCAAAAUCUCCCAGGUGAUUCUGAUACACUACCAGGUAUUUCAGGUUCACCAUACUUAGUCCACGGUUCCGUUAAAGACCCCGCCCCUGCCCCACCCUUUGCCCUCUACCUCCCCGUGACGUCGGCUCAUCUCCCCUCCUUCGGUCCCUCCACUUGGUCUCGCCCAGCCCCGCCCUUCCCACUGCCUCUCCUGCCUCCCAAGAUGGCUACGCCGUUGCCGGGCCCGGAGCCGUGGAACCGGGUGAGGAUCCCUAAGGCAGGGAGCCGCAGCGCAGUGACCGUACAGGACCCAGAUACGGCGCUAGGGUCUGGCAGGGGCACCGAAGGCUCACGACCCAGCACCGCAGCGAAAUGGGGGAGAGGGGCGUACACAACUGGUGUCAGGGAAAAGUGCCGCCUGGGAACUCGGCGUUCACUCAGCCACCAAGAGGCGUGGUUAGCCCUCCGUCUCUGCCGCGCUCUUCCUCCGAAGGGCUGCGGGUCGUCGUCACUCAAGCACUCUGCAAUUAACCCGCAAUUUUCCUGGGUCGCCCGUUCCUUAUCUGUAAAAUGGGACCUUUGCAUUGCAGCUAUAAUUAAAAAAUGCUACCGCAUUACACUGUCACUGAAGAGCCGAACCUUAGAUGAAGAGACAAAUGUAUUAUGUGCAAUCCUUUACAGCAAUCACAACAGAAUGGGCCGCCAUAAGCCCCAUUUGGCCCUCAGACAGGUUGAACAGUGUUUAAAACGUUUGAAAAACAUGAAUUUGGAAGGUUCAAUUCAAGAUCUCUCAGAGUCAUUUUCUUCUAAUGAAAAUCAGCCUAUAAAUACCAAGGCAUGUGUCAUUCCCAGCCAACCGGUGGUGGAACUGGUGUUGAUGAAGAUUUUGGGAGCCUGUAAGUUGCUGCUUUGCCUGUUGGACUGUUGCUGCAACACAUUUCUCUUGACUGUGAAACAUCUAGGUUUGCAAGAAUUCAUUAUUUUAAACCUUGUGAUGGUUGGGCUCGUGAGCAGGUUAUGGGUUCUGUAUAAAGAUGUUUUAAAAAGGCUGGUUUCUUUAUAUGAACCAUUGUUUGGAUUACUUCAAGAGGUCUCCAGGAUUCAACCAUUGCCUUACUUCAAAGGUUUUACCUUUCCUUCUGAUAUUGUUGAAUUUUUAGGAGAGCCCUAUUUUGAAGUCUUUAAGAAAAAAAUGCCUACAGCUUUUGUAGCUAAAGGAGUAACUAAAUUGCUAAAUAAAUUAUUUUUAACAAAAGAGCAGUCACAGAGGUCAGGUGAAGAAACUUUACUUAGAAUUUCUGAAAAAGCUAAACAAGUGAAGAUCAAUAUACAGAAUAACAUGGAUCUUGGACAACCAGUAAAGAGUAAGAAAAUUUUAAAAGAAAAGUCAUCAGAAUUUGAUGUGAGAGCUUUCUGCAAACAGCUGAAACACAAAGCUAUUCAGGAGAAGAGCUUUGAAUUUAAAUGUUCUCAAUCCAAACUAAAGGCAGCCAAACAUUCUUCUCAGAAAGCAAUAGGAACUCCCUGUGUAAAAAGUCUUGUGCAAAGAUUCCGAGAGGCUGAGACUUUCACACAACUUUCUGAAGAAAUCCAAAUGGCAAUUCUGUGGUGUAGAAGCAAAAAACUGAAGGCUCAGACCACCUUUCUGGGUAACAAACUUCUUAAAAGUAACCGGCUUAAACAUGUGGAAGCUCAAGGCUCUAGUUUGCCAAAGAAGCUACAGUGCAUAAAAACAUCUAUUUGCAACUGCCUUCUUCAUGGCUUAGGUCUGAAAACUUCAAAGUAUCACCUGAGACAAAGAAGAUCACAGAAUAAAUUUUCACUGAAAGGAAGGAAACAGAGAAAGUUGCAGUUGACUCAUUUAAAGGAAAUCCAGCAGCCCCCUCAAGGGACUCAGAGUGCUACAGAUGUCAUCAUUAAAGGGAGACUCUCGGAUUCUACUGAUUGUAGGACUGAUCUGUAUCCUAACAAUAAGGAAGUGAAUAGGAGAGUUUCAAAUCCUGUCAUACAAACUAAGGAGAAGCAAACUCAUGAAAAGCUUACAGAAAGCAAUGAAAAUAAGAUGGAUUCUUGGACAAUGAUGCAAGUAAAUAAACAUAACACAUCAGGAACCACUAAGGAGACAGACGACAUUGAUUAUAUUUUUGCUUUAAUGGGAGUUUAGAGGUUCAUAUGUAAAACUUUUAACCAGUUGCUCCAGUGUUCUGCUGCUUUAAGUAGAACAGUUGAGAUGUGGAAAGAUCUGGAAGUACCACUUGGACUCAGAGGAACUGCUUUAGUACAACACUGUACAACAGUUCAUUUUAGUUCAAUAAACGCUUACCAUAGCUUUGUGUCAUUUAAUCGACAAA